ACGUGGAGGACCGAAGUAACACGAAUAAAGUAAUCAGAUUGUUGUAAGAAACAUUAUGCGGAAGUCCAGAUACUACUCUUUUGACAUAUGAGGAUCCGUAAAUUAAGAAGCCAUACUUCCUUUAUGCCAAACUAUUAAUAGUCAACCAGUAACCAUCACUUUUAUGUACACACUAUUCACAGCCCAAGGCGCGUCCAUUGUUGAUAUUCUACGUCUUACGUGGUUUAACACGGGGGAGUGGUUGGGUAGAGGGUUCUUACCGUCGAACUGUCAAGUUCAGCUGAGAAAGUUGUAGAACAUCUUGAAAAAUAUCCGGGCGCAUUUUGGGCACCAGGAGUCAUCUGAAAAUACAUAUCUGCAGAGAGGUUUUCAGUUUCAGUCCAUGAUUACUAAUGGUUAUGACAGCCUGUUCUGGUCUGCUCUAGGGGGACAUUUAUAAUUGGUGCUAUUUCUACAUAGCUGGCCACUAUUGGAUCAAAUUUUAUUGAUGUUUUUCUUUUUUUCCUCACUUUAUACUGUGCUGGACUGUGCCAAGCACACCGCUGACUCAAGUUGUAACUGAACAGUGCUGAAAUGGAAGCAGACUGCUUGCCCAAGCUGAACUCACGGAAAAGAAAGAAAGUUGCUGGCCCUAAUGGAAAUGUAGAGGAGGAUGCAACACCACUGAAAGUCGCACGUCUUUCAUCCGGUCUGCGUGAUCCAGCACCAUUUUCUGAUGAAAUCGAAGAGCGUUAUAAUAGGCCAUUUGCACGGGUGACAUUGGAGGAGGCUAAGCAAGGAAAACCUUAUGAUCGACCUAUAAGAGUAUAUGCAGAUGGAAUUUUUGACAUGUUCCACUCUGGUCAUGCACGAGCACUGAUGCAAGCAAAGAAUCUUUUUCCUAACACAUACCUCAUUGUGGGCGUUUGCAGUGAUGACCUGACGCACAAAUUAAAAGGUUACACUGUGAUGGAUGAGGCUGAGCGCUAUGAUGCAGUGCAGCAUUGCCGCUAUGUAGAUGAGGUGGUGAGAAAUGCACCUUGGACUCUUACACAGGAAUUCCUAACAGAGCAUAGGAUUGAUUUUGUUGCUCAUGAUGAUCUGCCAUAUUCUUCAGCAGGAAGUGAUGAUGUUUAUCGGCACAUAAAGGAGGCAGGAAUGUUUGCCCCAACUCAAAGGACUGAAGGAAUCUCCACUUCUGAUAUAAUCACUAGAAUUGUCAGGAAUUAUGACGUGUUUGUCAGACGGAAUCUGCAGAGGGGGUACACAGCUAAAGAGCUGAAUGUCAGCUUUAUAAAUGAAAAGAAAUAUAAUUUGCAGGAACGUGUUGAUAAAGUAAAGCAAAAAGUGAAGAAUGUAGAAGAGAAGUCUAAAGAAUUUGUUCAGAAAGUGGAGGAGAAAAGCAUUGACCUCAUUCAAAAGUGGGAGGAGAAGUCACGGGAAUUCAUUGGUAACUUCUUAGAGAUGUUUGGGCCUGAAGGAGCAUUGAAGCACAUGCUAAAGGAAGGGAAAGGUCGAAUGUUGCAGGCCAUUUCUCCAAGACAAAGCCCAAGCAGUAGUCCGUCAAGGGAACGCUCCCCCUCUCCAAGCUUCCGAUGGCCCUUCUCCAAACCCCUCAAUUCAUAUUCAAGAAAUAGCUCUAGUGCUACUUUAGAUGACUACAGCAUCAGUGAGGAGGAAGAAGAGGAAGAUUAAUAUCAAAAUGAGAGGAUGUUCUUUGGAAGGGAGCUGCUUGUUCUUCUGAACUGAAAUCUAAGGAACCAGAAAACAGGGCAUCCACAGAUACCGCCAUGCAAAAAGUUCAGGAAGGUGCUUACAGUUUAUGAAACGGCCAACUUACGUACUGAAUGUUACUUGACGUUAUACUGAUCUUUUCUUCAGGUUAUGGUCACCUUAUAUUUAAAACAAAACAAAUCACAACAAAUGACAUUAGCAGUGGUCCUUUAUUUUAUUUUUUUCGUUUUUCAUUUAUUUGUUUAUUAUUGUUAUAAUUAAUUUUACCAAAACUAAAAAUAGUGUCCCCCUGCAAAGCAUGCUGUUUUUGUUGCAUUGUUUGAAAAUGAGAUUUUAUGCUGCACUGCAUGAAUUAUGAUCAGAACUAAAAGAAAUUAUUGAGAACAGUUGCCUGCACAUCAGAGAAAGGUUUAUAGUAGUACUACUUACAAGUGUUCCAUUAGAAUAACAGUUUGUUUCUCCCACUAUCUUUUGCUUGAAGACUGUUGUACGUUUUUUCCGAGCAUUAUUAUUUUUUAUUUAUGGUCUGUUUUCGGAAUUGUCGUUAUUUUAGGCAGUAGAAUGGCAUGUGGUAGUAUUACACAUGCUUCAGUAUAAGUACAGACAUGUCUAGAUAUGAAACAAAUUCUGUUUACAUAUAAAAUAAUCCCUUAUUAUUCGAGAAGUGUGUUGGAGCAGCUCAGUGCACUAAUUUCUGCGUUUGUUUUGUAAGUUUUAUAACAGAAUGCUACUGCAGAUGAAAUGACUGGUUUAUUAUUUCCAUUUAUCCACAUUCCUUUUUUCUGGAACUGCCAUAAGAUCGUAGUAUUCCCAUAGAGUAUACAAACUGUGUUGUCUAGCCUGCCAAGUUUUGUUUCAGGAGUUCUUUUAGCAGCCUUGCACAAAUUUGAAAAAAGACUGUUCAUAUUGAAGUGUGAACUCACACUGCGCACACACACACCUUUAGCUGUUGCCAUGACAGCAACACACAUUGCAUUUCUAUUAUAAAUUCAUACGAAAGGGAUAACAGCACAUUGAGGGGAUGAAGGUGUCUGGUAGCUAGAAUAAGAACAAACACUGCAAAAUGUUUAUUUUAUUUGUAUGCUUCUUACUAGUGUCUUGGUUUAAAACAAUCCUGCCAAGCUGUACCCUUGCCAAAUGGACAGAUUGUUUUUAUUGUACACUAACUAGUCUUAUAUAUAAUUUUAUGGUUGAUCCAUCAAGAAACUAAAUGUGUAAACAUCCAAAUAAUAGCACUUGCUGUUUUUUUAAAUAAUGAAAUGUGGAGAUGGGUGCAGUUAGAGAGGCAGGUAAAUGACGUUUUAUAUGCAUCUCACAAGAUGUAUGCCAUCUUCUCAAACUCCAGCAUUUUAAUAUCCUGAUGCCAUUACUUAGCUGAAAGUGUUGUGCCGGUUAAGUUGUCAUGGAUUCUUGUUUAUAGCAUCACUGUAGUUGUCCUUAACAUAUUUAUUAUUUUUUUAGUUUUGACAUGCGUCUGUGUCAUUUUCCAUUACUGUAGAUUACUCUUUGAGCAACCACCUCACUCUUUAUGCUUUUGAUUGUUUUGCACUUUCUCUGGGGAUUCAUAAUGUACCCCUGAAAUGUUAAUAUUUUAUCCAUUUUCAAUCUCUGGGGCAUGUAUUAUUUGCAAUACUUAAAAAAAAAAAAAAAUCAAAACUUUAAUUUUGAAAAAUGCAUUGUUAUUAAUGUAUGUUUUCCUGUGUACUUUUUGCCUGUGUAUUUGCAAGCCCUCUCCAGUCAGAUGUGAGCCACACUCUCAUGAGCCUUCUGGAAGGGUCAUAAUUCAGACAGCCAUCAGAUUGUUUGUAUCCCUGUCCUUGGUUGUUCCUCGAGUGGACCUAUUACUGUUUUGGGUGCCCUAAUCCCCUUCUUGAGCAUACUAUGUCUUAUCCCCAGUCUGUGACUGUAAGGCAGCCAGCCUGUCUUUUACCUUAGGCCCAAAACUGCAUGCCACCUUUUGCAAACAGCAGCCAGCAUCAUAUAGAGCAGGGAUUGUAAGGAGUGGCUUCUUAAUUCCCUAACCCACACGCUAGUGGAUGACAUAGGCACUAGUGUCACUGCAAGGGUCUUCUUUACCCUUCUGUGCUGGAAAUCUGCCAUGCAUUCACUGCUGAGGGCUCCCUUCACCAGCUUGGGAACACCAAGCUUACACUCCACUGACUACUGGCCCUUGUUGCCAUGCAUGCCCCCACUUGCAUAGGAGGAAAGAGGCUAACCAGUACUACAAUUCCUCCUGCUAGAGUGGAUGAGCUGACAUAAGUCGCUUAUUUUCAAUUCCCUCAGCCCAGAUUUUUAACCACCUGAGCCACUAAUCCAACUCUGGUCUUCUAGGUCAUAGUCAGGCUUUAUCCCUGCAUGCCAUAGAGCUGGGGCUUGUUAGUAAUCUGUUUUUAUAUUUGUCCGUCACAGCAUUUCAUUAGAACACUGUGAUAUAACAUAGGGGGACUCUCCUUAAUAGCUACUGGACUCUGGCACAUCCUCCCUAACAAUCACAAUUAGGCAAUUUUUCUAAGAAGAUGCUGCACUUGGUGGGGGUAGCACAAAGUGAAAUACAAUGCUGUGAUGUCACAUGCAGACUACAUAAGUGGUGUGUAGUCCUUGUCCUUGUUCCGGUUCUUUUUGCCAUUCACACAGCUUGGCUUAAUCUUGAGUGAAACUUUACCACAUUCACUCAGUGUCCCAUUGGCUGUUAACAUUACUAGCCAAGAUGCACACCAGUGUUACUUCUGUUUUGGAGAGAAAUGACAUACAAAGCACUAUCACAAGGGCCACCAGUUCAGUGACCUAGCUAUGUCAGAGAAAGAAUCUGUUUUUAUUCUUGCCAUCAGGAAAGAUGACUGCAGUUGAAAGCUCUUGGCUAGGGAAUCUGCAGCAUUGACCUGUUCCUAGCUUCAUACUGCAAUCAUCAUCACAAGGACUGAAGCUGAAAGAACAGGCCAUAGCCUAGAUUUGUUGGAUGAAAAUUCAUUGUUGAAACUGCUUUUUGGAUCCCACUAAGGCUAUAUUUGCCUUUGAAGAAGUGAGAGAUCAAGCCUGUGGCAGUUUUCCACCCAGGUAGAACCUGUGGGGCUUAAUACCUGCCAGGCUUCUUUUCCCCCAUUUAAUUGCUUGGCAUUUGAAGCUUACCAGCUUAAUCAUGGAGUGUGGUUCUUUGAGCCACCUGGCCAAGAUGGAGUAUGGCAUUCAUGUAUUCUGGAUUGUUCUCUUUCCAUAUCAUCCUGUCAGGUCUAGCUUACACAAGAACUUAACAGUUUGUGGCUUUGACAUCAGUCAAGUAUUCAGUAUCCGUGGAAAAAUGAACCACAGGUGUGGGACCACAGUUUUAGGGAAUAUGAUGUGAUGCCCACUAAAGAGAAGUGCAAGCCUCUGUCCCCUACUCACCACCUUUAAUGGAUAAUUACACAGAGGCUCCCUCUCACCUGAUACCCACCAGAGGAUUUUUAUGUGUUCAUCCUAGGGAUAGACAGCUUGAGCUGGUGCAGGCAGGAGUGUAUUCCCUUUCUUUCACGCUCCUAUGAGAAGUCCAAAUAACCAGAAAACAUUGUCUCUGAGUUAGAUGAGGAUAGUAAAUCCUUCUCUUCCAGCACCACUCUUGGUGUGUCUCUUAAGGCUCAUGUGACCCAGUAUAGACAGGCCUUGUAAUUCAUUUGUGUUAGAAACACCUAAGGGUUUAUUUUGAAAGGAGAGAAGAACUUUUGAUCAUCCCACUCAGGAUCCAGUUUUCAUGGCUACUAUUUUGGCAUCCUGGAAGCUCAAUGACUGUGUUCUUUUGACCCCUAAGAAGGUAGAAAUCCUUUACAACCCCCCACCCCAAGUCAGUAGAGCAAAUCCCGCAGGCAUCCUACAGCUGAAUCCUGUGUGAUCUCAUCGGCCCAGCAUAGGUCCUUAAUACCAUGACAUUGGGCUGCCAGGCCUUUAGACAGUAGAGAUCAAGUUUUGAACAGGUGUGCAAGUGUACUUCCCUACCACAGUGGGUAUAGAACUGUCAACUCUUCAUCUCAGAUUCUAGUCCUACUGGACCAUGCUUUUGAAGCGCUUGCAGACAUGCAUCAGUCUUGACUCAAGGAAGAUCUGAUCUAUACUUAGUGUGUGGCUUCCAUGGCAAGUUUCUUUGUGGCCUGCUGUAAUUUUAAUUGUGUUUAUGUUGUGGCUAGGACCACAGGCUGUGAUAUCUGCCUGAACUAGAUUGCAUGGCUGAGAUACUUCUCCCUGAGUACGGUGCUCAGAAACAACAUUCUGAAUGCCCGUUUUAAGAGAGAAGUGCUCCGUGGCUAGGUCUUUUAACACCUAUUGGAUGGCAUCUUGUGGAAGAAACAGGACCUCAGCACUGUGAAGGACUUCUAUGAUUUACUUGCUAUCCCCAAAAGAUAUAGAAGCUUUUUCCUGUCCCUUGGGAGGCUGGCAAACACCAUAUGGUUGUAUUUGUUCUACUACAGGUAAAGUCAUCCCAGGGGACAAUUCCACUAUUCCAGUUGCAACACUACUUAAGUAGUCUGGGGCUGUCUGGGUGGGAUUUUAUUUAAGUUAUGCCCUUUUGCACAUGAACAUACUGAGUUUCACUUUGGCACUAAUCUGUUCUUCUUCAGAAAUAACUCUACUAGGAGAUAAAGCUGUUGGAGCAGAAUUUUAUAAUAUGUCCAGACUUUAAUCUAGAUAGUGUCUUUAGAAGCUUUCCCUUUUUUUGGAACAGGUUGGGCCUUUACUCACACCUUUACCUGAUUCCAUAGGGGAUGUGUGGUUGCUUUUCUGUUUUGGAUCUUGGCAAUUUAAGUCUAUGCAUUGUAUGUCCAGUUCCAGAUGGUGAAUCCACAAGGUUUUAUGUCUGAUGCAGGGCUUUUGUAUGAUGUCACUGGACUUAAUGGAUGCCUUUUAGUAAAUCUCAAUUUAGUGUUCCCAUAGGAUUUUCCUUCAUUUAGCUGUGUGUGGACAUCUCUUCCAGUAUAGAGUGUUAGCAUUUAGACCCUCCUGUAUACCAGAGUAUUUGCCAAAGUGUUGACAGUGGUUGCUGGGGGUUGUCAUAAUGGUUAAGGUCUGAACCUCACAGAUGCAAUAUACAGGGUUUUAGUCCAACCUGUGGUUAUUGGCUCACUUUGUAGUACUCUGCAGAAUGAUAGCCUAGUAUUUACCUGUUGUGAUACUCUGGCUGGACAAAUGGUUCUUAGUAGCAUCCCUUCAGUGGGUGCUCCUGUAGUUGCAGUCCCUAGAGAUGAACAUAAGUUGUAGGAAAUCCUGCCUCUCCUCAUCUCAGAGGAAGGCCUUCAUAGAUGUGCCAUUGGACACCCCUCAAUAGUUACUCCUGUCAUUAAAAAUGGCCCAUGAAGUCAUGGUCUUGAUAGCUGAUGUAAAGAUACUAAGAAGUGUCCAUCUGUGGACCUUACUUUGCCUUCAGGGCUUGAGGGCUGCCUCUUCAUGGAGCCGUUUGAAUGCUGUGGUUGCGGAUGUCACUUUGGACUGCAGAGUGUCGAUGGCUGCAGAGAGGCCGCAUGCCCAUAGAUAUUUUUCUGGUAUUAUGUCCCUUUUGCAGGACGGUGCAGUGCUGGACAGUCCCCACCAACUUGUUGGGCCUCCUGUUCCUGCAACUCAAGCCAUUGCAAGUCCUUAUGAAAAAUGUUUUACUAGUGGGCUAAGAAGAUUUUAAUUUUUGUGUAUGCAAGACAAGCUUAUCGGAGAGUAGCCAGUAACUGGGCAUUGCCUUUUGAGCACUUCACAUCCCAAAGUAAGUGAGAAGACUGGAGGAUUCACUGAGCCUCUCCUUCAGUACUCUUCUGGUGGUGUGGAUUGAGAGGCCUAGUUUUGUCCACGUCUACCAGAUGUUUGGCACUCUAGAGACUGAGCUAUAUGCCACUUAGGAGAAUGCAGUUUGCCUCUUUUCUGCUCACUGAAGCAGGAGCCGUGGACCCAUUUCAGUUGUCUUGUCAGGAGAUUCCUGAAUGGCUUCCAUCCAUUGUUUGUGAUCCCACUCCUCAUCACAGAGUUAAUGGAAGAAAGACCAAAACUGACUGGUGUGGACACUGGCAGGAAUGGGCUAUGGAGGAUGAGAGUGAGUGGCUGUUGCUGCUUUAUCCAUCUGUUGAAGGGUCUCUAGCUAGUUGUUUGGGUGACACCUAGAGGGGGCACUGAAUACCACACCCACAGAGAAUAAGCCUAAUGAGAACAUAGUGUCCAGAGAUGCACUGCACAAGCUGGGGAUGAUGUCUGUGGAGGCAAACCUGUAUCCUACUUUUGGCAACAGUCAUAGAGCUCGGUAGAGCCAUUAUGGAAACUAGGAGCUUGGGGUUGUUAAAAGAUGAGUCAUCUGAUUCCAGGAGACUGGCUCACUGCCUAAUGCCUGCCUUCCAACUCUCCUUGGAAUAAAUCUGCUGUUAGGUCAGUCAUCCAGAGAAUAUCAACACUCUGUCAACCCUUGCAUUCUAUGGCACUGAGAUGUGUUUCUUGGAAAGGGGUCUUUUUGUUCGCUAUCACUUCAGCUGAGAGCGUGUUAAUGCUGUUGUCCUUCAUGUUUAAGGGGUUUUAAUUGGUCUUUCAUAAUGACUGGGUGCCUCUAUGAAUUAGCCCACAUUUCUCCUGGAAAGUGGUUUCCAAAUUAUCCUUAAACCAAUAUUUCUCUUUGUUCUCUUUGCUGGGGAAGAAGCAGAGCAGAGAAAGGACUUAACUUUCUGGAUGGGUACUGCCAGUUUAGGCUUUACCUGAAGUGGGUGCAGGAGUUUGGGAAGGGCAAAGGAAAGAAAUGUAUUGCCACCUGCAUCAUCUUUUGCUAUCAGAAAACUGACUGCCCACCAAAGGAUGUUGCAGUUUUGGUCUUUGGAUUAUCCUCUGGCUUCUUCCACCCUGGUGGAUUUAUUUGGAAUUGAACCCAUUUUAGGGUCAGUAAGUUAGGAUUACUAAUGUUAAAUGAAAAAAUAUGUUCUUACCAUUUCAUUUAAUAUGAGAGAGGGAGUCUCCGUGUUGGGUCCCAAAACAGCCCUCCCGCAUUUCCCUUUACAUCAAAAGUCCCUGCAUCUGUCAUCACAUGUUGGAAUUUUUUCUAAGCCAGGCAAAUGUUUAUUUGUAUAUUAUUUUCAUUGCCCUGCCUUGAUUUGCACAUAGAGCAGUUGCUGGUGUUUCAGCAGGAACUGAUGGGUUCUGGGGGUAACAAGCUUAAAGUUGGUGUAUGAUAUCAUGGCAUAAAACAUCAGAGAUAGAAUGUGCCCCUGAACUAAAAUAAUUUGUUAAAAACAUGUUGAACUCUUGAUUGUUGGAAAAGAUUAAACCGUUCAUAGGACCCGCCAAAGAUCAUCUAUUUGUAGGAUCUGCUAUGGUGAGAAAGUAUGUUGUAUUUUCCUUUUUUACAGGAUGAAAACAAGUGUUAGGAACUAGAAAUUGGAGUUCAUUAUGUAAAAUGUUGAAGGAUGUGAAGUGAGCAGUAUUAAAUAUUUUUCGUACAAUAAGCCUAACUUCCAAAAUUUGUUGCCACUAAUCUGUCCUGUGCACUGUAUUUAAGUGGUUAGAAAGAGCUGACUCCUUUAUGCCUUGAACUCAUACCAUAUGGCAAAGAGGAAUCUAAGCACCUUUUGUGGCACUUUUGUGACAUGCUAACCACAGUAUUGUGUAUAAUGUUCAGUGUGACUCUUGUCAUUUCUCCUGUUUUUUACUGAUUCUUCUUUUCAGAUGUGUAUGUCUGAUUUGGGGUUGUUGAUUUAAAUAAACAUUUUCUUGUUCUCUGUUAAAAAAAUAAAAUGCUUUUCUGAUUUCA